AUGACACCAAAAAGAAUAAAUGAUAAAAAACAAGAACUCUUGUCACAGCCUAACCCGGCAUCACUAGAUGCAAUUGCUGAUAUUGAACUUGAGUUUGAAAAGGCAGAAAUUGAACUUCGUAAUCCACUUUAUGAAAAAAGAGCAUGUGUAUUAAGGAAAAUCCCUAAAUUUUGGCCUAUUGUGCUAGAAGCAGCACCUGGUGACGAGCUUUCGACAUAUAUAAGUUCAGAGGAUGCUAAUGUUCUUGAACAUUUAAUUGAUCUAAGAGUGUAUCGACCCAAUGAGGAUCCUCGUGAUAUUAAUAUUGUUUUUGAGUUUGAACCAAACGAAUACUUAGAACAGAAUAGUCUUUAUCUUGAAAAGCUUUUUACAUAUUCAAGUCAAAAGGCCGAAGCAUCAUCAUCCAAUUCUGACAAGGAGCCAUCACAACUAAUUUCAAAAAAAGUAGAAAUUAAAUGGAAAAAAAACAAAAAUUUCACAAAACCAGCAAAGGGGGUUGCACCAAGCUUUUUCACAUGGUUUUCAUGGACAGGAGAAGGCAAUAAUGACGUUUUUGAGGACGGUGAAGAACUUGCUAUUUUUAUUGCAGAAGAUCUAUAUCCAAAUGCAGUGAAAUACUUCACUGAUGCACUGCAAGAGAAUGAGGAAGAAGACGAGGAUGCGGAAAUAGAUUUGGAAACAGAAAAUGGAGAUGAAACAUCAGAAAGUGAGCCACCAAAGAAAAAAGCUAAAACGUAA